AUGAACCAUCCAAGAGAACUGCACACAACGAUCUUAUUAACAAAUGGAAAAGUGCUAGUUACUGGUGGACAAAAGGAUGAUGAUAUUUUAAGUAGUGCCGAAUUGUACGAUUUAUCAACAGGAACUUGGACAACUACCGGUAGCAUGAAUAGUCAAAGGGAGGGGCAUAGAAUCUCUUUACUAACAAAUGGAAAAGUGUUAGUUGCAGGUGGAAGUAAUCGUAAAGAUAUGCUAAGUAGCGCAGAGUUGUAUGAUCCAUCAACAGGAAUUUGGACAACUACUGGCAACAUGGAUAGGGCGCGAUAUUCUCACACAGCAUCCUUAUUAACAAAUGAAAAAGUGUUAGUUACAGGUGGAAGUGGUCAUGUUGAUAUUCUAAGUAGCGCAGAGUUGUAUGAUCCAUCAACAGGAACUUGGACAAAUACCAGUGGCAUGAAUAGUCAACGAGAGGGGCAUACAGCAUCCUUACUAACAAAUGAAAAAGUGUUAGUUACAGGUGGAAAUGGUAAUAUUCUAAGUAGCGCAGAGUUGUAUGAUCCAUCAACAGAAACUUGGACAACUACUGGCAAUAUGGAUAAGGUGCGACACUUUCACGCAGCAUCUUUAUUAACAAAUGGGAAACUGUUAGUUAUUGGUGGAGUAAAUACAGAUGAUAUUCUAAGUAGUGCCGAAGUGUAUGAUCCAUCAACUGGAAAUUGGACAACUACUGGCAGCAUGAAUAAGGCGCGAUACCAUCACACAGCAUCCGUAUUAAGAAAUGGAAAAGUGUUAGUUACUGGUGGAGAAAGUAUUGGCCCAAUCCUAAGUAGCGCAGAGUUGUAUGAUCCAUCAACAGCAACUUGGACAGCCACUCGUAGCAUGAAUAGUCCACGAUCGAAGCACACAGCAUUCGUAUUAACAAAUGAAAAAGUGGUAGUUACUGGUGGAGGAAAUUUUAUUGAUUUGCUUAGUAGUGUCGAAUUAUAUGAUCCAUCAACAGAAACUUGGACAACUCCUGGUAGCAUGAACAAUUCACGAACUUGGCACACACUGACCUCAUUAACAAAUGGAAAAGUGUUAACUAAUGACGAAUGGUCAAAUGGUAGUGUGGUUUAA